AUGACCACCCUUCUCUACACUCUGUGCUUCCUCCCCACGACCAUGGCCACCAUCGGCGUGGGUCUCUCUCCCGGCGGCGUUACGGAGCUGUUCGGCAAUUCAUUUGGCCAGCCCGGAGUGAAUGCCACCUAUGACUACAUCGUGGUUGGAGGGGGCACAGCGGGCAAUGCGAUUGCCGCACGACUAGCCCUGGACCCCGCCAAUUACUCGGUGGCAGUGGUGGAGGCCGGUUCGUUCUAUGAGAUCCUCAACUCGAAUCGCACUCAGGUUCCCGGUUAUGACUUUUACUCGGCGCUGGCCAACUUUGUGGGGGGUUCUCUCGAAAGCCUGACCAAUUUCGGGUUGCAGACUGCACCUCAAGGGGGUUACAAUGGUCGCGAGAUCAUGUAUGUUGCCGGCCAGACUUUUGGCGGAAGCUCCGCCUCGAACUACAUGGGAUAUGCGCGAGCCACCGUGGGCACGUUCGAUGAAUGGUCCAAGGUCGUCGGUGAUGAUUUCUGGUCCUGGGACAACGUGUAUCCUGCGUACAAGAAAAGUUGCAACUUCACCCCGCCCAACUAUGACAAGAUCGAUCCGUCCUUCAACAUUUCCUACGAUGCGUCGGCCUUUGAGAGCGGUCGGGGACCCCUACAAGUAUCGUACGGCAACUAUCUCGGUCCCUACGGCCCGUACCUGGAAGAAUCUCUCGACAAGCUCGGAUUCGAACGAAUCCCAGGACUGAACAGUGGCCGGCUGAUUGGUUAUGCUACUAUCACGGCCGCCAUUGAUCCCAAGCAAGCGACUCGCAGCAGCUCCGAAACCUCGUUUCUGCAGCUUGCGGCCCAGAACUCGAAGAUCAAACUGUACCCACAAACGAUGGGUUCUCGGAUUCUGUUUGAUGGGAACAAGCGCGCUACGGGCGUCGAGGUGCAGACAAACUCGUUGAUGGCCAAUUUCAAGUAUCAUCUCAAUGCGAACAAGGAGGUUAUUGUCUCCGCCGGUACCUGGCACUCUCCACAGAUUCUCCUACUGUCUGGCAUCGGCCCAUCGGAGACUCUGCAGAAGUACAACAUCCCCGUUGUGGUGGACCUGCCCGGAGUGGGUCAGGGAGCGAGGGAUCAACCCUGGAUGGCCCUGUCGUACAAGGUGAAUGUGACCACUGGCACCCAAGUGGCUGCAGGUAAUGCCGAGUUCUCUGCGGCCCGAGUGGAAGAAUAUCUGUACAACCAAACGGGUCUGCUCUCCAGCAUUGGAGGAGGCCAAGCUCUAGCAUUUGAGAAAUUCCCCGAGUCCUAUCACUGGCCCGAGGUCAACUAUCUCUCCUUGGAAUAUGGCUCAUACCCGUCCGACCUGGGCCCCAAUGACAACUACCUCACCAUUGGCUCGGCCCUGCUCACCACCUCUGCUCGGGGCAAUCUGACCAUCCAGAGCGCGGAUAUUGCUGAUCCUCCGAUCAUCAGCCCCAACUGGCUCCUUGACGAGGGUGAUCAGGAACAGGCCAUUGCCGCUCUUCAGCGGAUUCGAGAGAUUGCUUUCAACAGUACGAUUGUCGAGGAAGAAUAUCUGCCCGGGCCCAAUGUGACGACUCGCUCGGAGAUUCUUGAGUGGCUCAAAAACAAUAUGAGUCUGAUCUACCACGCUACUUCGUCAUGCAAGAUGGGGGCUUCCGACGAUACCACCGCUGUCGUCGACUCGCGGGCCCGUGUGCGUGGGGUAACCGGCCUGCGUGUCGUCGACGCCAGUGCUUUCCCGUUUGUGCCUCCCGGAUUUCCCAUGGCCACUGUCUACAUGUUCGCGGAGAAGAUUGCCGAGUCUAUCCUCGACGGUCAAUGA